GGGUUUUUCCCCUGAAAAUUAGGCUACGAAUCAUCUUCAUAAAUUAGCCGCGUUUGAGUCAUAAAUAACAAACAGAUAUAAGAAGCGUGCAAUUUCAAAUCCACAAUGCAUUCCCACCAGAAAAACACUGCUCAAAGACGUUGUUGAAUACCUCCACAAAGUCAAUAAGAUCACCCACAUGCCACCUAAAUAAAGCAGCACGCUCAUUACCAAACUUUCUCCUAACCCCUCUUUACUCUUCUCUAUAUCAACUCGAUCCCACCUGAUCCCUUCCUCUUCAUCUUCAACAAUAAGCGUACAUACAUGUAACUAGACUAAAGCCAUGCCUCUCAACCGCCUUUGCUUCAUCCUCCCAGCCGACUCUGACGAGAUCGAACCACCAGCGCAGACUCCAAAAAAACACCGAGAUAUCGGUAUCCGCUGUAGGGUUUCCGCCGCUGUCCACCGGACUUUGCACUGGUUCUGCAACCGGCGAUGGCACGAUAUGUGCCUGUGUUUCGCCUACAACCCCUCGAUUCACCAUCAGGAUUCCUCCCGGUUCGAGGACAUUCAUGGCAUAGACGAUGACCGCAACAGCAAGAAGGUCACGGGCAGCACAAACCCAAGAACCUUCAGCUACGCUGAGCUCUACAUCGGAACCAAUGGCUUCAGCGACGAUGAAGUACUAGGAAGCGGUGGUUUUGGCCGUGUUUACCGUGCAGUCUCAAGCGAUGGCACGUCGUGCUGCGUCAAGAUAGUGGCAGGAAGGCCCGGAGACCAAGUUUGAGAGAAGACGUUUUGCAGCUGAGCUUGACGGGUGGCUGCUCGGACGCAGCUCCCGCCACCGCGAGAUCAGUUGUUAUCGGCUAGGGGAUGGCACUGUGUUCUACCGAAUAACCAGCUGCUCUUUGUUUACUGAUCUACAUGCCCAACACUAGGUCUCUGCGACCGGCUUACUCUUGCUCAGCCCUCAUCGCCAGCCCCACCGCUCAGUUGGGACCGAAGGAGGAAGAUUGUGUUCGGACUUGCAGCUGCUCUUUUUUACCUUCAUGAGCAGCUCGACACGCAAAUCAUCCACCGGGAUGUCAAGACCAGCAAUGUGAUGCUGGACUCCGGCUACAAUGCCAGGCUCGGUGAUUUUGGCCUAGCUCGCUGGCUCGAGCACAACCAGCUUGGGAUCUCAAUGCGGUCUUCAAAGUCGGUUAACGAAGAAAACUACCAGUUCCGGUUAACUGAGACCAGCCGAAUUGGGGGUACAAUUGGAUACCUUCCCCCUGAGAGUUUCCAGAGGAAAGGAUCAGCAACUACCAAAUCUGAUGUCUUUAGCUUCGGCAUAGUGGUACUCGAGAUCGCCACUGGGCGACGGGCGUUAGACCUGACAUACCCCGAUGAUCAGAUCAUCAUGCUCGAUUGGGUGCGACGGUUAUCAGAUGAGGGCAAGUUAUUGAACGCCAGUGAUCAAAGGUUAGAGGAUGGAUCCUAUCCGCUAUCAGAGAUGAACAAGCUGAUACACGUUGGCCUCCUCUGCUCUCUCCAUGAUCCCCAAUCUCGGCCCACGAUGAAAUGGGUCAUGGAGGCUUUAUCAGGAGCCAUCAAGCUCCCUGAUCUACCAUCGUUUCAGUCACAACCUUUGUACAUCUCCUUAUCAUCUUCAUCCAACACUACCACUACCACGACGAAGUCCACAGACACUGCCCCAUAUUUUCUCACCGCUGCCGGCAGCACAAUGUUCCUCACCGCUGACAAUGGCUGCAACGGUGGCUCGAAGAAAAGUGGUAGCAACAGUGACGAAAACAAUGGAAGACGCUCUUUCAAAUCCUUCCCCAAUGUCGACACACCCCGAGAAAUCCCAUACAAGGAUAUCAUCACCAUCACCAACAACUUCUCAGAAUCUCAGAUGGUUGCUGAGAUGGACUUUGGCACUGGUUAUUGCGGCUACUUAGACAAUCGCAUCCAUGUUUUGGUGAAGCGUCUUGGUAUGAAAACAUGCCCAGCGCUGCGAGUUCGUUUCUCCAACGAACUUAAGAACCUUGGGAGACUCAGGCACCGGAAUUUAGUCCAGCUACGUGGAUGGUGCACAGAGCAAGGGGAGAUGCUCGUCAUCUACGACUACUCUUCCAGUGGCCUUCUGAGUCACCACCUCUUCCAUUACAAGAACUCUGUACUCGCCUGGCACCAUCGAUACCAAAUCGUGAAAUCUCUCGCAUCUGCAAUCAUUUACCUCCAUGAGGAAUGGGAUGAGCAGGUGAUACACAGGAACAUAACAUCAUCCGCAAUCUUUCUUGAUCCAGACAUGAACCCCAGACUUGGUAGUUUCGCUCUUGCUGAAUUUUUAGCCAGGAAUGAGCAUGGGCACCAUGUCGCGAGCUUGAAAUCUUCGGGCGCCAGAGGAAUCUUCGGUUAUAUGUCACCGGAGUAUAUGGAGUCUGGAGAGGCAACUACAAUGGCUGAUGUUUACAGUUUUGGUGUGGUUGCGUUGGAGGUUGUUAGUGGACUGAUGGCAGUGGAUUUCCGCUGGCCAGAUGUACUGCUGGUAAAGAAAGUAUCCAGCUUUGAAGCAAGCAAGAGGCCAUUAGAGGAGCUUGCUGAUCUGAGAUUGGAUGGUCAGUUUGAUAGCAAGGAGCUGAAGAGGCUAGUGAAGCUGGGGAUUGCGUGCACUCGCUUAGAUCCCGAAUCAAGGCCAACCAUGAGGCAGAUUGUCAGCAUACUAGAUGGUAACGACGAGUUGUUGAAGAUAUUGAAGCAUAAGAGAGAGGGAUGUGAAGAUUGGGCGGAAAAGAAUGCAGCCUCUCUGUCUCUGAUCAGGAGAAUCAAAGCUCUUGGUAUACAGUGAGAGCGGACAUAUUAAUCAGAUUGUAUCUCAUAAAUAUCAUAUGAAUUGAGAAUUCUAGUGUGCUAAUUUGAUGUCAUUUGUUUGUGUUCAUGCUUAAGGUUUUGCAAGGUCUUAGAUAGUAGCAUGAAAAUACUUGCAAUUUGUAAUGAAUGAAUCAAAAUGUGUGAACAUGAAAAAACUUGGCAAAAGUGCUAUUUUUUUGGUA